AUGGAUACUACAUCAGUUGACGGGGCCGGCAGUGCUGAUCAUGACUCUCCUCGGCUUUGGGCCCAGCAUGGCAAUCAGUGCCUCCCUGCUCUUUCCACGCCUUGUGAUUCAGCUUUGUUGAGAGGAGAGUCGGCGGCCAGGAGUAUUCGGUUUCAGGCAUUCGGGUAUCUUACGCCGUCAGGAGACUACAGGGCUUUGAGAUGUAAUUUAUUUAUUUCUCACAAACAUGAUGUGAGGAUGCCAAGCCAUACAAAAUCUUUCAGCCCAAAUAGACGGGCGGCAACUGGAUCAAUGAAGAAGUCUCCAAUUCUGAACAAGUCUUGGAGGGAGUUUCAGAAAACUCGAGCGAAUAUGCGUCCUGUUGCAAAUAAAGCCAAUCAUAAAGUGAAUGUUGGUUCACAACCGGGCAAACAAUUUCCUUCGAAGAAUAUCAACAUUGGUCAGCCAAGUGCAAAAAUAGUGAACAAUUCAUCAGUGGCAAAGGGUGCUAGCAGGUCAAAUCAUGUUUCUACAUCAAAGGGUAUGAAGCAGCCUACUGCCUCAUGCUUCGAAAAACGUUCGAUUUCGGUAGAGAAACCAAAGGCUCUCUCAAGGUCAACGGUCGAUGGAAAAGCCAGAUUGAACGAAACACAUGCCUUAAAAAGGAAACGAGAGGUGAAUGAUGCUUCACAACCAACCAAUUCAGGGAGCAUCCCUUCAUAUCCAUUUGGUAGUGACCUUCUAGAAUUUCAAAGGGACAACCAUUCUAUGAACUUGACUUUUGAAAAUGUUGAGAAAAGAGGGCUUAUAGAAAGAAACAUGGGCCAAUUUGCUAAUUGCUUUGGAAAAAACAGUAAUUCCAUGUCCAAGAAGAGGAAGGAUCCUGAGGCACUCGAUGAUGAUAGUAAUGUUGGAGUACAAGUGGAUAAUAUGAGUUCUAAGCAGAUGAAGAAACUCAAACAAUUCAGAGUAACUUGGAAAGAUGAAGCAGAAGAUGGCGGUGGUGAUCUUAGUCAUGUGGGUGUGGAGGAUGACACCGCCAGUAUUUUAAAGAAUGGUCACUUUAAAGUCUCAGUGUCAUCAUGUGUUGAACAACAAUGCUAUAGUUGUUCGAAGCCCAUUGACAAACCUACUUGGAGUGGCAUCUUUAAGACAGACGAUAAGGAAUAUGUAUCAUUAGAUGGACAUUUGUCGACCAAAUCAUGUGAGAAAGCAUGGAGUUUGUCCAAACAAUUGCUUAAAGUGGCUGAAGUGCAAAAGCUUUCGAGGUUGGAGGUGUGGCCUAAGGCAUGGGAGGUAUCAAAACCAAUUGCCGACGACAUUGGCAUCUAUUUAUUUCCUCAUGAAAUGAGGAGAAUUAAAAUGCCUAAUUCCCUCUUUUGCAUCCCUAGGCAAGACGAAGGCUUGGACCAACUAGUUAGAGAAGUCAUGCAAAAUGAUUUAGCUUUGCGGGCUAUUAUUGGUGAAGCCGAGAUGUUGAUAUUCCCUUCUAUUCUACUGUCUAGUCAUCACCAGACAUUUCAGAGAAAACACUAUCUAUGGGGAGUAUUCAAGCGUAGGGAAGACAAAGGUGUUGUGGUUGAAGAACCACUUAGUGUUGUGGGGUGUUGUGAGAUGGAAAAGCAGCAAAAUGUUGUCUUAGACCAGCCUAAUCAUAUGCUACCAGGUGAAGAACCAAAUGAAGAAAUGAUUCGGAUGGCGAGCGCCAUACCUUUGGAAAGACAUAUGUUGCCUCCUAAUAAAAGUACUCAAGAAGUUAAAGCUAGCCGUCUCAAAGGGCCAACCAACAAGGUCUUUGAUCCUAAAGCCCCUAGUGAAGAAGGGGGACAGGCAGAAGCUACUCCUGUUGCUACUGAUGCCGCUGCAUUUCCAGCAAGCCAAGGACAAAUUAACCCUAGUAUGGGACAUACCCCAGGCAGGCUGAUGGGUUUUGUUGUCCGAAAAACUCCAAAACUUGAUCAAAUUAUCCGAGAGAUAGAACGGGAAGGUGCAUUGGUAUUUGCUAUGCAAGGGGAGAUGGUUGGUGCUGGAUGGGCAGGCAGCAAGGCUACUGUCCCUCAAAAGUAG